UUCCGCCGGGAUCCCGGGCAGGACACACCCAACUGCAGCCCGGGCCGGGAUCCCUCGCCCGAGCUCCCCGCGCCAGCAAGCGGCUGGCGUGCGGGGCACCGGAACCGGGGAGCCCCCUUUCUCCAGCACCCCAGCCGGCAUGGAGCCGCCCGCAAGCUGCCUUUGGCUCUCGGUGUUCAGCUGCCUCCUCGCCUGGGUGUCAAGCACACCUCCUGAGUGCACCAUCAUGCUGGCGAUCGAACAUGCGCGUGAGAAAUGCCUGGCGGACUCCAGCCUGGACAAUCAGACAGCAGGUUGUGGAAGGAUGUGGGACAACAUAACCUGCUGGCCCUCAGCAGCAGUGGGAGAAGUUGUGGUGAUGCCAUGCCCCAUAUAUUUUAUCUUCUUCUCCAGUUCUCUGGGUAAUGUGACCAGGAACUGCACAAGCCAAGGCUGGGCAGACAUGUAUCCUGCCACCUAUGCAGCAGCUUGUGGGUACGAUACCAACAGCACUCCAGUAGAAGAGACGACGUUCUAUGGCACAGUGAAGACCGGUUACACCAUCGGACAUAGUUUAUCUCUCAUUGCUCUCACUGCUGCUAUGAUCAUUUUGUGCCUCUUCAGAAAACUGCACUGCACUCGAAAUUACAUCCACAUGCAUCUCUUCAUGUCUUUCAUCAUGAGAGCCAUUGCAGUCUUCAUAAAGGACGUCAUCCUCUUUGAGAGCGGCGAGUCUGACCACUGCUCUCCGAGCUCAGUGGGCUGCAAGAUUGCCAUGGUUUUCUUUCAGUACUGCAUCAUGGCCAACUUCUUCUGGCUGUUGGUGGAAGGCUUGUACCUGCACACCCUUCUGGUCGUCUCUUUCUUCUCAGAGAGGAAGUACUUCUGGUGGUAUAUCCUGAUUGGCUGGGGUGCACCAUCAGUUUUCAUCACAGCCUGGACUCUCAUCAAGGUUCACUAUGACAACAUCGGGUGUUGGGAGGACAUAGGCGAGUCCCGGUACUGGUUGAUCAUCAGAGCUCCUAUUGCAGUUUCUAUUUUGGUGAACUUCAUCAUCUUCGUUUGUAUUAUCCGGAUCCUAUUCCAAAAGCUGCAUUCCCCAGAUGUCGGGCGCAAUGAAACCAGCCAGUACUCGAGACUGGCUAAGUCUACCCUGCUGCUGAUCCCGCUCUUCGGCAUCCACUACAUCGUGUUCGCCUUCUUCCCCGACAACUUCAAAAUGGAGAUAAAGCUCGUCUUCGAGCUUGUGCUCGGCUCCUUCCAGGGCUUUGUGGGGGCCGUUCUAUACUGUUUCCUCAAUGGGGAGGUUCAAGCUGAGCUGAAGCGGAAGUGGCGCAGGUGGCACUUGGAGAGGUUCCUGGGCUCUGACAUGAAAUAUCACCACCCGUCCGUCGGAAGCAACGGUACCAACUUCAGCACUCAGAUCUCCAUGCUCACCAAGUGCUCGCCUAAGACUCGCAGGUGCUCCAGCUCCCAAGGAGACUUCUCUCUGGUCUGAGGGGGAGAAACGCCCCCGCACGGAACACUUGAGAGAAACCAUCCAGGAAUUUAUUUAAAGCUGAAGAGUUGUUUUUAAACAAGACGAUCCCCAUGAGUCAAACAAAGGGCAUGAAACUGGAAAAGCCGCUGACGUCCUGAAGGAGAAGAGACAAGUCAGGACACAGAGAUCUAUUUCCCUUCUUUCCAGAUCUUUAACUACAGGCUUGUCCCUGGGCAAUGGAGAAACUCACAAACUGACUAUUAAACUUGUGCACAACUCCAGCUUGCCUGGGGAGGGCCUAGGAGGUUCUGAAAGGCUCAUGAAUAGGGGGCGCGGGAUAAUUAAUGGCUUCACCUAAACCAGCUUUUCGGAAACAGGUAGAAACAAUGCACUUUUUCAAAUGAGCCAAUGAGAAAAAAACAUGCUUUUAAUGUGCCAAGAGUCCGAUCGGUAAGGGACAGCAGUGAGAUGAGGAAGGACCUACAACCAGGGGACAGAUUGUAGUAGGGUGCAGCAUUGUGCGCAUCCAGACGCGUUUCACAUUGCUACAAAUAAGCUGAAAGACCAGAAAGUCAUCUCAUCGGCUCCGGAACCAGAGUGGAAUCUGCAGCUCGCUAACAGUCUGUAUUGCCCUCGUUAAUAAAAGCUUUGAGUACCUCCACUGUGGACGACGCCUCCGAAAUGUAGCUUGCUGAGGAGCUAAAAUGUAAAUGCCCUCUUCUGCACUAUACUCAUUAUGUUUUUUUUAAAACCGGAUAUAAUAGACUUGCAUGGCUAAUGUAUAUAAACAAGGUACAGAUGUCAAUUCAGUUGCAUUGCUGUGUUUUUCACAAAAGAAACCCUCUCUGAUUAAGCUUGCGAUAAGUCUUGGCAUAUUUUUACAGCAGGAAUCUGGGGAUUUGUGGGGAGGAUAUUGGUUUAUAAUAAGUUUGUACCUGAAUAAUGCACACUGCGGGGAAGGGGAGACUUAGCACUCACGUAGUGCUUGAUUGAAUCAGACCCUCCAUCAGGAGCCACUAACCAGAGUGAAGAAUUAACUUAAUAGCAGUAGGCAGAAUUGGCUUUGGCAAAACAAGCUUAGAUCCACAAGUAACUGGCGCUGCAGGAGUUUGAAAUAGGAAAAGGGGAGCAGUGGGGCUAUGAAAUUGAUCCCUACUUCAAUUAUUCCAAACAGCUUUUAUCCUCCGAUGAAGGUAUCGCAAUGAAAAUCAUUAGAUCUUCAAUAAGGGUGAUACCAUACCUUCUGUCUGCUUUCCAACAACCUUGACAUGUACAUAUCCCGGCAUGAGCCCCAUUUGAAGUGUGUACAUAGCUCCCAUUAACACCAGUGGGCAUUUUCUUUUUCUUUACAUUUGUGGGGUGAAUUUAAUGCUGCUCCAGAGUGCCAGAUCGACAGCUGUGGAGACGUGAAGUCCUCUACUUAGACUCAUAGAUCCAUAGGAUUAGAAGGAACCAAAAGAGUCAGCUAGUCUAAACCUCAGCCAAGAUGCAGGAUUUGUUGUGUGUCAACUAUCCAAGACGGAUCUCUGCCUCUUCUUGAAAACCUUGAGUGAAGGAGCUCCCACGAUUUCCCUCGAUGUCUGUUCCACUGUCCUACUGUUCUUACAGUUAGGAU